UUUCCGGUUGUUUUUCAACCAGAAAGAAGGAGGAAAGAUGGCGGAGUGUGACAGAGAUCCACCGUCCGCUCUGUGCGCUGACUUCAUGAACUUUUCCCCCAAAGACACGGCCUCGCGGUGGCUGGCAGCUCCCGACCUGCAGAAGGAGGUCUACAACCACCUGGCCACCUACGUUCCCAGGAUCCUCUGCCAGGGGCCUUGUGGAGGCAGUGGCAGCAGGGAGGAGCAGAGGGAGGAGCUAGCCUGUCAGCUGCUGCUCCUCGCUCCUCUGGAGUGGCUCCUGCUAGGGGACGAGCCAGCGGCCGGCCUGGCGCUCCUGCAGGAGAACAACCAGUCGUCUCCACUGUGUGGGCAUGUGUUCAAGGUGGGAGAGCCCACCUACUCCUGCAGGGAGUGUGCAGCUGACCCCACCUGUGUUCUGUGUAUGCAGUGUUUCCUGGCCAGCGUUCACAAGCACCAUCGAUACAGAAUGACCACAUCAGGAGGUGGAGGUUUCUGUGACUGUGGAGACGCUGAGGCCUGGAAGACGGGUCCAUACUGUCAGAAGCACAUUCCUGCCGACCGGAACAGAGAGGCUGAGGAGGAUCCUGUCUGUCUGCUGCCUCCUGACAUGGUAGCAAGGAGUUACAGCAUCUUCUCCAUCAUCCUGAAGUACGCCGUGGACCUGCUGACCUGGGAUCAGGAAGACCAGCUGCCUGCAGGCCUGGAGCCCCCGGAACGAGAAGACACCUACUACUGCAUGCUGUUCAAUGAUGAAGUCCAUACGUAUGAGCAGGUGAUCUACACGCUGCAAAAAGCUGUCAACUGCAGCCAGAAGGAAGCAGUCAGCUUUGCCACCACCGUCGACAGAGAUGGCAGGAAGUCGGUUCGGUUCGGAGACCAUCAGUUCUGUGAACAGGCCAAGUCCAUCAUUGUGAGGAACACCAGCCGCCAGUCCAAGCCUCUGCGGGUGCAGGUGAUGCACUCAUCUGUGGUGGCUCAUCAGUGUUUCGCUCUGAAGGCUCUCAGCUGGUUGGGACAGAUCAUCCAGUAUUCUGAUGGUCUGAAGAGGAUCCUGUGCCAGGUGGGCCUACAGAAAGGGCCAGAAGGAGAGAACUCCUCGCUUGUUAACCGACUGAUGCUCAACGACUCCAAGAUGUGGAAAGGGGCUCGGAACAUCUACCACCAGCUCCUCAUGAACAGCCUCCUCAUGGACCUCAAGUUCAAGAAGAUCUUUGCCAUCCAGUUUGCCAAGAACUAUGAACGGUUGCAGAACGACUACAUCAGAGAUGACCAUGACCGCGAGUUCUCUAUCACCGACCUGUCGGUGCAGAUGUUCACCGUGCCCUCGCUGGCCCGUAUGCUAAUGGUGGAGGAAAACCUGAUGAUGACAAUCAUCAGAACCUUUGUGGACCACCUUCGUCAUAGAGACCCUCAGGGACGCUUCCAGUUUGACCGCUAUACCGCCCAGCAAGCCUUCAAGUUUGGGAGGGUCCAGAGCCUCAUCGGAGACCUCAACAGGUACGUCCUGAUCAGUCCUCCUCCUGAGUGGUGUGACCAGCUCAGACUUAAGUUUCUGGAUGGCUUUGAUGCAUUUCUGGACCUGCUGAGGUGUAUGCAGGGUAUGGACCCCGUGGUGAGACAAGUGGGCCAGCACAUCGAGAUGGAGCCUGAGUGGGAGGCAGCAUUCACCCUGCAGAUGAAACUGACCCACAUAAUCUCCAUGAUCCAGGAGUGGUGCUGCACUGACGAGCGUGUGCUGAUCGAGGCAUACAAGAAGUGUCUGAGUAUGCUCAAUCAGUGCCAAGAUGGCCUGUCUGACGGCGAGCAGCCUCUCAGCUUGAGCCUGGCAGGUCACUCCGUGGACACGUUCAGGUACCAGGUGUCUCAGGAGAAGGUGUCCAUCCACCUGCCCGUGUGCAGGCUGCUUGCAGGGCUCCACGUUCUUCUCAGCAGGACGGAGGUGGCAUCUCGCUUCCCCGAGCAGCUGCCACUGGGAGAGCUCAGCCCCCACCUCCUGAUAGAGCUCCCCCUGCGCUGCCUCGUGCUCUGUGCACAGGUGCAUGCUGGGAUGUGGAGGAGGAACGGUUUCUCACUUAUAAACCAGAUCUAUUAUUACCACAACGUCAAGUGCAGAGUGGAGAUGUUCGACAAGGACGUCAUCAUGCUGCAGGUGGGGGCCUCCAUGAUGGAUCCAAACCACUUCCUUAUGAUCGUUUUGAACCGAUUUGAGCUCUUCCACAUCUUCAGUUCGGUAGACAUCAGGAAGAGAUACAGAGAGGCCAAUAAGGACGUGGCCCAGCAGAACACCCUGAUAGAAGAGAUGCUGCACCUCAUCAUCAUGGUUGUGGGUGAGCGUUAUGUUCCUGGCAUCGGCCAGGUGGAGCCACUCGAUGAGGUCAGGAGAGAAAUCCUCCACCAGCUCUCCAUCAGACCCAUGGCUCACAGUGAGCUGGUCAAAGCUCUGCCUGAGAACGGCAAUAGGGAGACUGGUCUAGAGAGAGUCAUCGACAGCGUUGCAUCGUUCAAGAAGCCAGGUGUGACGGGGCGGGGCCUGUAUGAGCUGCGUCCUGAGUGGAACAAACACUUCAACCUUUACUUCCAUCACUAUAGCAGAGCAGAUCAGUCCAAGGCUGAGGAGGCUCAGAGGAAGCUGAGGAGACAGAACGCCGAGGACACAGCCCUGCCCCCGCCCCUCCCUCCCCUUCUCUGUCCACUUUUCGGCAGUCUGGUGAACGUGCUGCAGUGUGACGUGCUGCUGGCUGUAGAGGGCGCUGUCCUCCAGUGGGCUGUGGAGCCAAGCGGAGGCGGCUGGACCGAGUCCAUGCUGCAGAGGGUGCUCCACCUGGUGGGUAUGGCUCUGCUGGAGGAGCAGCAGCAGCUGGAGAACAGCAGUGGAGACGAUGACGUUACCUUAAAAUACAGCAGCAAGAUCACACGUCCAGGUGAAGCUCCCAGCACCUCAGGAAGUGUCCUGGCUCUGUUAGAAAGUCUACAGAAUGCUCCUCAUCUGGAGGUCCACAAAGACAUGAUCACCUGGAUUCUCAAGAUGGUUGGAAACAUCAAAAUGAUGCGAGAACGAACAUCAUCCAGCUCCAGCAUCAACAUUAACCAGGAGCCAGGACUAGAGGAGACGGUGAGGGACAAAGACAAGGCAGAGAGGAAGAGGAAAGCUGAGAUGGCCCGUCUCCGCAGGGAGAAGAUCAUGGCCCAAAUGUCUGAGAUGCAGAAACACUUCAUCAAUGAGAACAAAGAGCUGUUUCAGCAGAGCAUGGAGGAGCUGGAGGCUUCCACAUCUGCUGCAGAGCACAGUCCUUCCAGUUCAGAGCUCACCUGUGCCUCUCAGAUAUGUGUUGGUCCAAAGAGGGUGGAUGUGGCUGAUCGCCGUCAGCUGGUUACCUGCAUCCUAUGUCAAGAGGAGCAGGAGGUCAGGGGUCUUGGUAGAGCGAUGGUGCUGGCAGCCUUCACCCAGAGAUCCACCGUUUUAUCAAAAAAUCGCAGCCGCAGCUUUCCUGACCCAGAACAUCACGGCCCUCUGUUCAUGCACCCUGACCUCUCAAUGGGGAUCCAUACGGCUAGUUGUGGACAUAUAAUGCAUGCCACUUGCUGGCAGAGGUACUUUGAAGCGGUCCAGCAGAAAGAGCAGAGACGUCAGCAGCGUCUGAGAGGUCACACCAGCUACGACGUGGAGAACGGAGAGUUUCUGUGUCCGCUGUGCGAGUGUCUGAGCAACACUGUGAUCCCUCUGCUGCCACACACCCCCUCACCUGAUCGCAGUGUGGACCAUCCCUCUCUAGAGGCGUGGCUAAAGAGAACCAGUCAGCAGAUCGCAGUGCUAAACUCCACCCACAGGAAACAGUCACAUGGUGCAGCACAGGAGGUGGAGCCAGUUGUUCCUGACGGAUUCAGAGUUAACUUUAUUCCCCCGACUCCAUUUUCCAGCAGUGUCAUUGAGAUGAUGAACACCUUCAGCAUGUCGGCCUACAAGGUGGGCUUAAAAGUGAACCCAAAUGAGCAGGACCCAAGAGUCCCGGUGUUGAGCUGGUCCACCUGCGCCUACACCAUGCAGAGUAUAGAGCGCCUACUGAUGGAUGAGAAGAAGCCAUUGUUUGGAAGUUUACCUUGCCGUCAGGAUGACUGUCUGAGUUCUCUGACCAGAUUCAGUUCAGCCUGCUGGACUUCAGCUCCUAUAAGAACCGUUCACAGUCAUUUCAUCAGACUGCUUGCAGUUCUGGUUCCGGACUCGCAGGUGGAAGGUACUCCCUGUAUCCUCAACACUGACAUGUUUCACCUGCUGGUAUAUAGUGUGUUAUCCUAUAGCUCACUUCGUAGUCUGGACCAAUCAGGACGAAGCUCUGUGGAUUCAGCCCAUCUUCACCUGCUUCAUGUGGUCACUGUGGCUCACCUGGUUCAGAUCCUGCUCACCUUCACAAUAGAGGAGCUGUCUAUGGAUCAGGAUGGUGAAGAAUCAGAGGAGGAGCAGCUCACCUUUCAGCUUUACAGCACCCUGAGGGAACACCUGGGCAGUGCAUUACCUGAAGUGUCCUCUGGGUGGCAGCUGUGGAGAUAUGUUAAAGUAGGCAUCCUGCCAUUCCUCCGAACCACUGCCCUCUUCUUCCAUUACCUAAACUCUUCAGUGCCCCCUGCUGACCUGCUUGGUACAGGACCUGGUCAAUGGGAGGCGCUUUGCAGCUACCUCAGUUUGCCCUCCAACCUGCUGCUGCUUUACCAGAGCCACCGGCCACUGCUGGAGCCACUUAUUUACAGGUGGUGCUGCCAUCCAGGUGUGGGACAGAUGCUACAGGGGGGUGGAGUCUUGGUACAAUUCCCCAGAGAGUCGAACAGACUGAUCAACCUGCCAGAAGAUUACAGCAUCCUGAUCAACCAGGCAUCCAGUUUCACGUGUCCGCGCUCAGGUGGGGAUAAGUCCCGUGCUCCCACUCUGUGUCUGGUCUGCGGCUGCAUGCUGUGCUCUCAGAGCUACUGCUGUCAGACGGAGGUGGAUGGAGAGGACGUCGGAGCCUGCACCGCCCACACCUUCACCUGUGGAGCGGGCGUCGGCCUCUUCCUCAGGGUCAGAGAGAGUCAGGUGUUGUUUGUUGCAGGUAAAACUAAGGGCUGUUUCUAUCCUCCGCCAUACCUGGACGACUACGGAGAAACGGACCAAGGCCUCAAGCGGGGGAACCCCCUCCACCUCUGUUCGGAGCGUUACAUGAAGAUCGAGCGUCUGUGGCGGCAGCAUGGCAUCGCUGAGGUCAUAGGUCAUGCUCAGGAGGCCAAUCAGACGUUGGUUGCCAUCGACUGGCAGCACCUGUGAUCAUGGACUGGCCCCACCCACGCUCACUGACCUGCAGCCUUGGCACCACCUGCUAAUGAACCUCUCCUUUGAACCAAUCAGCUUGCAGCAGCUGCAUGCUGAGGUCAGGACAGCUUUCAGGGAAUAUUUUUCAGGAUGUUUGACUCCUGACCUUUGACCUCUGACUGUCCCCUCCCCUCAGUCCUCCGAUCAGAGGCAGCAAAACAUCAUCUGUGUUUACAAUUAAGGCCGCUGUACCUGCUACACCUGAGACAUGCUGUGAUUGCUUAGGAGGUGAGGUGACCUUUCAAUCAGAUGUUACAUUUUGAUAGAUUCUGUCUCCAUGGCAACACAGGAGAGGGAGAGUAAUCCGAUUACUCUGCAGGUGUUACUGAGAAGUUCAUUAUGAAAAUGUCUCAAUUAAUGUGCUGCAGAAUUCAGCCAAUCAGCUGUCAGAACUUGGCCGUCCUUAUGUUUAUUGAUCACCUGAGUCAGCUGUUCCUAUAGAAAAGGUUCUGUUAGCCGAUUGGUCAAUUUGAUCAAUAGUGGCUGCUGUCUCCGUGGCAACAGAGUUCAAUCAGCUGUCAUAUCUGAUGUGUGUAUUGAUUAGGAAGUGUUUGUGGGUUUUAGCUCAAUUCUGCUUUAACAUUUUAUUUAAUGAGGUGAUUGUGCGACAUCACUUCCUGUUUGUGUGUUUGAGUUGGAAAACUGGGCCGACAGAACCAGUCUGGGCUCGGCUGACCGCUCCAUCACUUUAACGUCACUUUAACCUGUGAAUUCCUGUACAGAUAAGUUGGUCUUAUAUAAGAAAAAGAACCAAUAAAAUGGACUUUAAAAAACUUUUGAGUUGAUUCA